GCGCCCCGGCACGGCCUCCAGGUGCACGUCCCCGCCUGCUGCUGGGAGUGUGGGCCCUGCUGUCCCCUUGGUCGUCAGCUGCCAGGCCCUCUUCCUCCUCAGUCCCCAGUUCACAGUGCGGUUCGGCUGAGCAGAUCUCCAGGCUUCUCCCGCAACCAUUCUCCCGCCCGCUCGCUCCCCUCCUCCGCAGCCGCCUUGCCCCGUGGCACCCGGCGGCCGGCCGGCAGGAUGAAGAAUCCAAUGCUGGAGGCGGUGUCCCUAGUGCUGGAGAAGCUGCUCCUCAUCUCCAACUUCAGGCUCUUCAGUUCGGGCGCCCCGGGCGAAGACAAGACGAGGAACACUUUCUACGAGAUCAGCUCUUACCUCCGCGGCGACGUGCUGGAGGUACCUCGGACCCACCUGACGCACUAUGGCAUCUAUCUGGGCGACAACCGCGUCGCCCACAUGAUGCCCGACAUCCUAUUGGCCCUGACCAACGACAAGGAGCUCACGCAGAAGGUGGUCUCCAACAAGCGGCUCAUCCUGGGCGUCAUUUGUAGGGUGGCCAGCAUCCGCGUGGACACGGUGGAGGACUUCGCCUACGGAGCCGACAUCCUGGUCAAUCACCUGGACCGGUCCCUUAAGAAGAAGGCGCUGCUCAACGAAGAGGUGGCUCGGAGGGCGGAGAAGCAGCUGGGCUUGUCUUCCUACAGCCUGCUCUGGAACAACUGUGAGCACUUCGUGACCUACUGCCGGUUCGGCACCGCCGUCAGUCCCCAGGCAGACAAGUUUUGUGAGAAUGUGAAGAUAAUUAUUCGCGAUCAGAGAAGUGUUCUUGCUUCGGCAGUCUUGGGAUUGGCGUCCAUAGUCUGUCUGGGCUUGGCCCCCUAUACUACUCUUCCUGCAAUUUUUAUUCCAUUCUGCUUAUGGAUGGCUGGCUAACUUUCUACCCCCGUGUCAGUGUGUGUGUUCUGUGUGUAGAUAGGUUCGUAUUUAUAGAGCACAAAUCAGUAUAAGCAUUGUCAGAAAAUAAUCUGACCUGUAACACUGUGUUCUGGAUAAAAAUGUGAUUAAGAAUCACGCCAAGUGCUUACCGUGUAAGCCCAAGAACAAGAGUUUUCUGAAGGUUCUCAGGCAGUUGCAUGUCACAGCCCUGGGUCCUCCUUGGAAAUAGGACAACCUGUGGUAGAAUUCAUCCUUGCAAGGAAACCAGCCCCUGAGAUGGUGGCCACAGGAGAUUGUGGGGUUUUUUUUUCGUUUUUGUUUUUUGUUUUUUUUGUUUUUUUUUUUCUCCUGUAAUCAUUGCCCUUCUCUGUCAAGCCUGAAUGUGAAGACUGGAAAAUUUAUUGGAUGGGAUCCCUAAUUUUAUUGUAUAUUUAUGCUGUUUCACUGAAAAAAAUGUAUAUUAAACUCAAAGAAUUUCCCUUAUUCAGAUGAAAACAUGUUUGAUGAUUGGCCCCCCAAAUCACAUUUUUUUUCAUGUAUCAUAUAUCAUUUCCCAUAAGUCAAGAAUAAUUUCAUUACUUCCAACAACACUGACAAAGUUCAAGGUUUAAUGAUAAAGUAAUUGAGCAGAACUAUAGAAAUCUGUGUUGCCCUGCAGAGAUAGCUACUAAUGCUAUAGUUUUAUUUGCUUUGGCGUUACUUACUAGGAAGCCUGGCGUUCUUCUUCUUCUUUUUUUUUUCUUUUUCUUUUUAUGUGUCACCGUACUUAUUUUAAACCAUUCUAAAAAGAAAAUGAAUCUAGAAUUGAAGUCAUUUGGGAACUUGGGGUAUGUAUAUGCUAAUUGAAUAUGCAGAUAUCCAUAUAUACUCAUUCAGUAUAGAGCACUGAUGGAGGUGAACGUGAAAGAAUGUUGAAUCCAUUUUCUUAUGCCUUGCAUCUGUGAUGUAGCUUGCAUGUAUGUCAUCGGAUGGUUUAUCUUUUAAAGCACUUACUCUAAUGCACACUAUGUUUUGCAAAAGCUCUGAGAUUUGGUUUCCAGUCACGUUUCUCCCAUUUCAUUGGUAAGUCAAUAUGCGUUAUAUCCUUAAAAGAAUGAUGCUUCAGCAAUAUAUAAAACCCAAACAAAUAGAAGCAAAAGAAACAACUGUUGGAAAUAAAUUUCAGGUGUCUUGGUACCACCAAGCAUGUAAGUUGAUCACACAGAGGUCAUUUUUAAUAUCAAGAUCGAGAUGUCGCAGUGUUAAAGUAAGCUUGCAAGUACUUUUGCAAAACUGCCAAGUUCUAAAAAUUAAGCCACAAGCUAGACUUGCAUUUCAAGUAUUAAAAGUGCUUUAUAAACUAUCAAGAAUCACAAAUAAUGAGUCACAUAAUGAGUGUUAUAAGGAGAACAGGGUUGGUCACUCACUGAUCCAAUCAAAACAAAUUUUUUAAAAGCAGAUUUUAGUGUAUCUGGUAUUUUAUCUCCACUAAUUAUAAGAAAUCCAGUUAGAGUUUAAUAAUAAUUAAACUUUAUGUUUAAUCAUUUCAAUGGUUGAAAUAAUUAAAACAUGAAAUGGCAACACCACAGAAUAAAGCGUUCUUUGGGCCUGUUCCAACCACUUCAGUUUAUUCUAAGUGUGGGAGUUUCCCUGCUGGCUCAGUGGGUUAAGGAGCUGGCAUUGUCCCUGCUGUGGCUCAGGUUGUUGCUAUGGCACUGGUUCAGUCCUUGGCCCAGGAAUUUCCACUGCCAUGGGCUCAGCCAAAAAAAAAAAAAGUGUAUAUCCAUAAAAACAACCACUAUGAGAACUCCACUGUAUUAGUGGUUUUUCACUUAUGUAUAUUGCCCAUGUAGUAACUGUUUAAAUAAAUGUAUUUUAAAAUACUGUGUCCUCAUAAGUAAUUAAUGCCUUCUUCUGCAGACCGUAAUAUUGCAGGUGGCCAAAACUACUGUCUGAUAUUAAAUUUGUGUUCAAAAAUCAUGAUCCCUCAUUAAAGGCCAGGGGAAGUAGGGAGUUCCCAUCGUGGCUCAGCGG